AUGAACGUUUUAAAGGAGAAUGCACGCUUCGUUCAUCGAAUUUCCGCGAAGUUGGCAGAGUCCUCCAGUAGCAAACCGCCUUUGACCGACGCGGGUGAAUCACGACUAAAACUAUCGCGUUCUCUGUUCCAUUUAUCAGCAGGGAUUAUUCAGCCGACGUGAAUAAUUAGCAAUUGACGAAUCACGACUGACGCGCAUGUACUCGUGAAAAACCGUCGUCCUACUUUCUAGUUUUCGUUUGCCAUACUUAACAGUCCAACUUGAACAUAAAUUAGUCGUUUCUGUGAGAACGUAUGUGCAAUAUAAUGAAUUAUCGUUUCUGUGAAAAUAUAUAACAAAAGAAGAACCGAAGAAAGGUGAAAAUGGAAAAGGAAACGGAGAGAAACACGGAAGUGGAACGUCAGUGUUGUUGAAACAAUUAUUACUGUUUCAUCCUGUUUGUUGUUGUUUUAAUCGAUCGCUCGUGAUUUAUUCAUAAUUCCGAUUUAUUCAUAACCGUUUGACAAUUAGUAGAUGUCACUGACAGUUUGGUAAAAAUCGAAGCUUUCAUUUCACUUUUAUCUUUGCAAUUAUUUUAUCGCAAGUCAAUCAACGUAAGGCACUAGAGAAAAACUGGCUACGAUUUUGUAAUAAGUAUAACGAAUAGACAGCCUGAAUCAGAUACUGAAUCACACGAAACUUCGAAAUAUUUUAUAUUUUAUCCAAAGGCACAGAAAUCUUCAAGUGACAAGUGUUCAGAUAUUUUGGAAUUCUUACGUCACGCGAAUUUCAGCGACUUGAGUCAAUACUAUAUACAGCAGGCAUGUGUACGUAAUAUGUAUUACAGGACUCACGUUCACCGACAUGAAGGAGUUCCCCUCCUUUAAAUUCGGCAACUUCACUUACGCAAUCGAGUUGGACCCACCUAGCCCGGAGUUUCAGGAAAUCGCGAGAAAGGAACUUCGUGAAACACCGGAACUUCAAAGGGAAGCGGUCGCCAGACUUAGGGAAUUACUGAAAGGCGAAACCAGCUUGAAGUGUCCGAAUUUCGAUGCCUGGCUGAUUCGGUUCCUCAGGCCGUGCAAAUACUAUCCAGAGUCCGCGUUCAAUCUCGUGAAGAAUUACUACAGCUUCAAAGUGAAGCAUUCCGAGAUAUAUGACGACCUGAGGCCCAGUCGAGAGAAGAACAUAUUCGAGCAAAACAUUCUGGUCGUGUUACCAGUCCGGGACCAAUACGGACGAAGGAUGAUGGUGAUCGAAAUCGGGAAAAGGUGGAAGCACAACAAGUGCAGCCUGGACGAGAUAUUCAAAGGCUGCGUCUUUCUUCUGGAAGCGGCCAUGUUGGAGCCAACCACGCAAAUCGCCGGCGUCGUGGUUAUCUUCGACAUGGACGGGCUCACUCUUCAACAGGCAUGGCAAUUCACACCGGCGAUCGCCAAGAGGAUAAUCGAUUGGCUGCAGGACUCCGUGCCGAUCAGAGUUAAGAACGUUCACAUUAUCAACCAGCCGUACGUGUUCAACAUGGUGUACGCGUUGUUCAAGCCGAUCUUGAGGGAGAAACUGAGGCGCAGGCUCAUCUUCCACGGAACCGAUCGGAAAUCGUUGCACCAGUACAUCUCGCCAAAGUGUUUACCCAUUGCUUAUGGUGGGGACAUUGAUAUUCCACGUGUCGAGGGAAAACAAUGGUUGGAAUGGUUACUAAUAUGCGAUGACGAAUUCGCCGCAAUCAACUCGUAUGGCUAUAAGAAAUAAUUCAUGCGCUUUCAAGUGUCCGAUCGCGAGGACAAAAGAAUAAAAAUUGCUCGGUCGAAAAAUCGAUAAUUUGAACGAUUUUUGAGCAACGACGACGGCUGUGAAUUCUUCCAACAAGGUGCUGGCAUCCAGAUUCGACAUACGGCCUAUCUGUUUAUUUAUAGACAAUUAUAAUGUUAGCCUCUAGUUAACUAGCGUAUUUUUGUAAAAUACGAGUGGAAAGUAAUAGACAAGUUGUUUCAGUACGUUAGUUAGUUGCGUAGUCUUCGAUUUAUCAUUCACUACUAUGAAGAUUAGAAUAAUUUUACAUGAUGUUACAGCAAUAUUUAUUUUUUUAUGUCCUUUUGAUAUUUGAUAUCUCAAUAUUUUAAUAGGAUGUUGUAAACUUGUUGCAAACGGAACGUGGCUUAACUGGUUUAACUGCGAGUGUCCUCUGAGACUUCAGAAGAAUUUACCAGCUGAUAUGUUCCGUAUAAAUUUAGUUGUUAAUUAAUUUAUUGUUAAACAUCGGGGGAAUCUAUCGGAAGGGAAUAUGCUUAUAAAAUACUUAAUGUACGUUAAAAAAAAAAAAGAAAAAAGA